AUGGCUCCCCAGGUCAUUCGCCUGCCAGACGGACAGACCUUUACUGUCACACCCGUCUUUGCAGGUCUCGGCUUCAAGAGCCAUGAGUUGAACACGCAUCAUAAUGCGUUUCCUGUGGGGUGGACUGUUGUGCUGAACACGGAGAGCGAUGAUGGAUCUGAUGAUGAUACUGAGAAGCAGGAUGUUGAGAGUAGAGAGAACGGUGUUGCGCUGGAUGGGAAAGCGAAGAGGCAGAUUCACUCUUUCGCUAAACCGACGCUGCAGGGCGAUAACCUCUUCAUCUCGUCCAUCGCGAACCCUUCGAGCUCCGAGUUUAAACCCGCUGCGAGUCCCACAAGACAGAUUGCCAUGAUGCUGUGGAUUACACUGUACUGGUACUUUCACCAGCCCGAGCCAGCGCCGCAAGUUCCUGCUCAAGCAGCGGCAAAGACGCCUCAAGCUGCGAAACCUCGUGGUGAAUGGCGAAUCAACAUCAAGCGCGAUGGAGUGCUCCGAGGUCGGAAUUUGAUCCCCAAGCUUGAACGCAUGGGACUUAUAACGUCGGGGAGCAGUGCUGUUGGAACGAGUUUGGAUGAUAAUGGGGAGGAUUGGUCUGAUAUGUUUGUCUCGAGACGCAUGUUUUGGCAACUCCCCGGUCGGCUUUUUCUCUUCUCUUUACAGCCUAACAAAGCUGGUGCGAAUUAUGAUUCUGUCCCCGGAUCACCUAUUGGGAGUCGCCCGAAUUCACCUUUACCAAUGGAACCACCAUCGCCGUUCCACAAGACUUUCCAGCGCCAUUCGCCGCAUUCAUCUCUGAACCGAAUAGAUCAUGAUCUUCCUGGUGGACCAACUCCAACAUCGAUGGUGAACCCGCCAAGCUUCCCUAUUGGACCUUUCUUUUCGAGCUCUCAUCUUCCGACCUACUACCCGCCUGCUCCUCUUCAAUACAUCUUUACGAAUAAUAUCCGUCACCCUAUGAGACCCAAGCCACCUAGGAUGGGCGAAGUCUUCUACACGAGAUUUGUCCCGAGUGUUAACCAGUACCUUUCGUUCCGAGUUGCUUCCAUUUCACCCAACCCUGUACCUUACCUUGGACCCGUCGGACCCAAACCUCCUGAACAAUCUCAUCUUAGUACGAUGAAUGAUGCGGCUUUGUUGGAGAUGUGGAUGAAGAAGCCUCGAGUGAGUGCCUUCUGGGGCGAGUAUGAUGAACAAUUCCUCACCAAAUCACUAAACCAAGCCAACUCGUUCCCUGUAAUUGGACAAUGGGACGGCGUGCCAUUUGGCUACUUUGAGAUUUACUGGGUCAAAGAGGACAUCCUCGGCCAGCACCUGGGCAGCGAUGCGGCAGAUUGGGAUAGAGGCCUUCACGUGUUCAUUGGAGAAGAAUGGGCAAGAGGACGGGUUCCAAUCUGGCUGACCGGAUUGGUACAUUGGUGCCUGACAUCUGAUUAUCGAACAAUGAGUAUAUGCCUUGAGCCGAGAGUGGACAAUGCGAGGUUCCUGCAGGGUCUAGAGUUUACGGGAUUUUCACGUGAGAAGCAGAUUUCGUUCCCGCAUAAACAGUCUUGGCUUGUUAGACUGCGUCGUGAGCAGUGGGAAGGACCGGCGCUUUGA